GCAAAAUUAUUCCAAGAGGAUUUUUAGCCGCAUUUACAAUAUUUUUUCUAAUCUAACUGAAUUUGGUUGAAAAUUUGUAAAUUGGAAUAAAGCAAAUUCAAGCAGAACAUAUUUUCCCCAUUAAAACUGCGAAAUGGAUAACUACUUAUUUGAAGGUGGCCGAAUCACGAAAAUGGAGGUGGAUUAUUCACCUGCAUGUGACGAAAAAAUUCCAUUAGCCAAGGAUAUGGCCCGAAAAAAUCCUGAAGCUUUCCACGACGCUAUUGAACUAUUACUUCAGUUGGAGAAACAAACUCGUUUGGGUGCAGAUAUGGUUUCUUGUUCACGAGUGCUUGUUGCAAUAUGCCAAAUAUGUUUUGAAGCUCAAAACUGGAAUGCGUUAAAUGAGUAUGUUUCAUUAUUGGCACGUAGACGUUCGCAACUCAAGCAAGCUGUUUCCAAAAUGAUACAAGAGUGCUGCACAUAUGUGGAUAAAACUCCUGACAAGGCCACUAAAUUGAAAUUGAUUGACACUCUGCGCACUGUUACCGAAGGAAAAAUCUAUGUAGAAAUUGAACGGGCAAGAUUAACAAAAAUACUGGCUGAUAUUAAAGAAGCCGAUGGUGAUGUUGCUGGUGCUGCUUCUGUAAUGGAAGAAUUACAGGUGGAAACUUACGGCUCUAUGGAUAAACGUGAAAAAGUUGAAUUUAUAUUGGAACAAAUGCGACUGUGUUUGUUGAAGGAAGACUUCGUUUCAACACAAAUCAUUGCAAAGAAAAUAAGUAUAAAGUUUUUUGAGGAUCCUGCACAGCAUGACUUGAAAUUGAAAUUUUAUAACUUAAUGAUCCGGCUGGACCGAGAUGGUUCAUUCUUAAAAACCUCUCGUCACUACCAAGCAAUCGCUGAACCCCCUCGUCCUGCAUCUGCAGUACCACAGUUAACUGAAGAGGAAAAAAAGAAAUUGAGUGAGGACGAUAGAAAGAAGCGCGAAGACGAAAUUAAGGCAGCGGUUGCUGCAGCUGCUGCCUUGCCACCAGUAGAACUGACACCAGAACAGGAAAAAGAGCAAAAGGAGAAACUUAUAUGUGCCGUGCUUUACUGUGUACUAUCACCAUAUGACAACGAACAAAGUGAUAUGAUGGCGCAUUUGUCCAAAAAGAAGAAACUUGAGGAAAUACCAGCUUAUCGCGAAAUACUACGCUUGUUCAUGUCGAAAGAACUGAUCAAUUUCGAUACAUUCAACGCUGAUUUUGGCACUGUACUAGCGGAAAAUGAUAUGUUUCUUGAUACUACUAAGCACGGUCGCAAAUGCAUUGCUGAGUUAAAGGAUCGUCUAAUAGAACAUAAUAUACGCAUAAUUGCAAUGUACUAUUCACGCAUUCACCUCCUUCGCAUGAGUGAGUUGUUGAAUUUACCAUCGAAUCGUUGUGAGGAAUACCUUUCAAAGUUAGCGAAUAGCGAUACUAUACGAGUUAAAAUUGACCGACCUGUUGGAAUAAUUUAUUUCACAACCAAAAAGAGCGCGUCGGAUAUACUAAACAACUGGGCUAACGAUGUGAAUCAGCUGAUGUCAUUAGUGAACAAGACCUGUCAUCUCAUCAAUAAGGAAGAGUGUAUUCAUUCAGCAAUUGGAGUAGUUGUAGAAGAGUAGAUUUUACAAAAAUUUUGGUUUUUUAAUAUACUAUUCACAAAGCCAAUUUAACUUUAAUUUACAUAGACACAUUUUAAUGCCCAAAAAUAAUGCAUUUAAAAUUAAAUGUAUUAAUAUUGAAGACUAGGCAUUAAAGCGAAUACAAUUUACGAAAGCUUAGUAA